CGACUUGUACUAAUAUUGUGCCGCUUCCUGCAACGGUCUCUUUCUUUCACGCGUCCCUACAGUGAGAUUUCAACCUUGUCUUUAAACCGGCUGUUCACCGAUCCUUGGAAGCACUGCAAAGAUGCCCAGGGAAGACAGGGCCACGUGGAAGUCCAACUACUUUCUGAAAAUCAUCCAACUGCUGGAUGACUUCCCCAAGUGCUUCAUCGUGGGCGCAGACAAUGUCGGCUCCAAGCAGAUGCAGACCAUCCGUCUGUCCCUGCGGGGCAAGGCUGUCGUGCUUAUGGGCAAAAACACCAUGAUGCGCAAGGCCAUCCGUGGCCACCUGGAGAACAACCCGGCUCUGGAGAGGCUGCUUCCCCACAUCCGUGGGAAUGUCGGCUUCGUCUUCACAAAGGAGGAUCUGCCUGAGGUCAGGGACCUGCUUCUGCAAAACAAAGUGCCCGCUGCUGCCCGUGCCGGUGCCAUCGCCCCCUGCGAGGUCACCGUCCCGGCCCAGAACACCGGUCUCGGUCCUGAGAAGACCUCCUUCUUCCAGGCUUUGGGAAUCACCACCAAGAUCUCCAGAGGAACCAUUGAAAUCUUGAGCGACGUUCAACUGAUCAAACCUGGAGACAAGGUGGGCGCCAGCGAGGCCACGCUGCUCAACAUGCUGAACAUCUCGCCCUUCUCCUACGGGCUGAUCAUCCAGCAGGUGUAUGAUAACGGCAGCGUCUACAGCCCAGAGGUGCUGGACAUCACUGAAGAUGCCCUGCACAAGAGGUUCCUGGAGGGUGUGAGGAACAUCGCCAGUGUGUGUCUGCAGAUCGGCUACCCCACGCUCGCCUCCAUCCCUCACUCCAUCAUCAAUACUUACAAGAGGGUCCUGGCUGUCGCCGUGGAGACCGACUACUCCUUCCCCAUGGCCGAGAAGGUGAAGGCCUUCCUGGCUGAUCCCACCGCUUUCGCGGUUGCGGCUCCUGUUGCUGCUGUUGCGGUGGAGAAAACCGCGGCUCCUGCUAAAGUGGAGGCGACCAAGGAGGAGUCCGAGGAGUCUGAUGAGGACAUGGGCUUUGGCCUGUUCGAUUAAACUCCUGAAUGAACAUGUCAGUUUAACUCCAAUAAAACAUCUGGAAACAGCC